AUGGACAUCAACUCGCUGCUAUCGCCCUCGGACUCGCCUGCCCAGACGCCCCCUCCACCGCCUGCGCAUCCCUCGCCGUCGACGCUGGCUGCCCGUUCGCCUGGCAAGCACCCCGUCCGCCAGCCGUUGCCCUCGCGAACCCCUUCAGGAUUGAGCCAGCAGAUCACAUCGUCGCCGCAACUCCACCUUGCUCACCAGAACAUCCCUUCGCCGGGCUACGCCCACCUCACAAACGGCGCAAGACCCGUCCACAGCGCCACAAGCACGCCUCAACCCCUGGGCUCGCCACACGAUGCGCGCAUGACACCCCCGUCCCAUUUGUACCGGCAAGCCUCAACACCAGGCAUGGAUGCACUGGCAGAUCUUGCAAGCAUGCAACAACAGCAGCAAGCCACCCGGCAGAACUCGCUCGGCCACCAACGCCCAGUAACAUUACAACACCUUGGGCAACAUCUCUCAGGCGAGUCGGUGGCCAGCGUCGCCAUGUCGGAACAUUCUCCGAGACCGCGCAGCUUUGCGACAAGGUCUCUGGACCAGCAACACAUCGACUACCUCGACCAACUGGACCGGGAUCUUAUAGAAAACCCAUUCAACUACUACAGCCAUCUUGCCCUGGUCACAACGCUUCACCAAGGGUUCCAAAAUCACCUUGCGUCGAUCGAUUUGAGCCCACAUGCCUAUGAGCUCAUUCACAUCCUGCGCGACGCGUACAGAGUCAUGUCGGAAAAGUAUCCACUCGGCGAAACACUUUGGCACUAUCGUCUCAACGACGAAAAGAUACUAGCGACCAAUUCGGAAGAGCGCAUGGGUGUGCUCGAGCUGCACAAACAAGCAACACACGAAGAGCCUUACAGCGCGAAACUCUGGGCUGCAUACGGCGAGUACGUCAGCUAUCUUGUCGCCUGCUCGUGGGAACAGCUCCCACCAGAGGAGUGGUCAGAGGAGGACAGGCUCAUUGGCCGUGAGCUCUUUCAGCCGCAAUUGCUAAUGGAUGCUCUACAGCAAGGCGCGGAAAGGGUCAAGUACAAUCUGCAAGAAAGCAACUUGGUCUGGGAUCGCUAUCUGCAGGUUCUGGAAGAGGACCUCGAACGCACCGGCUUGAGCCAGGAAAAAGUGACGAGAAUUGCUUCCAUAUACAACGAACGAUUAGGUCUGCCGCAUGCCACAUGGUCACACACUCGAUCGAGAUACAUCUCCUUUAUCCAGCGCUACAACCUCGGUGAUCCUGAACAAGUGAACGAGCAAGUCACGCAAAAGAACACACACAUUAUCCAACAGUGCGCCAAUCGCGAGGAUUACGAGUUCAAGGUUCUCCAGGCCAUUCAACAGGGCGAUCAGAAUGCAGAGUACCAUGCCAUUACCCGUUACCUGAAGUGGGAGAAACGGACCAUGGGCGUCUACAGCUUCCCGCUGGUCAACGCACUCUACGAGCGCGCUACACUUCGCUUCCCCGUCGAUCCUUCGAUAUGGGAGGACCACGUUGAGUUUCUCAUCUGGCAACAAAAUCGUUCCGUCGAUUUGCUGAAUGUGCUAGAGCGCGCUACACGACACUGCCCCUGGUCUGGAUCGCUUUGGUCUCACCGGAUACUAACGCUUGAAGUGGAGAACAAGGCUUUCGAGGAUAUUGAGCACGUCAAACACACCGCCACUGGGACUGGGUUACUGGAGCACUCUGACUUGGAAGAGAUCAUCAAGGUCCAGAUCGCUUGGUGCGGUUACUUGCGACGACGCGCUUUCGACGAUCCCAAGGCUACAGAUGACGACGCCGACAUUGCUGAAGUGGGCAUACGUUCUGCGUUGGAGUUUGUAAGAGAGGUCGGUAUGAAAAAGCAUGGGCGAGAUUGGGCCGGCGACACAAAAUACCGACUCGAGCGCAUCCACAUGAAGUACUGGCUCCAGCGCGGCAACGUUGACGAAGCUCGUAAUAUAUGGGAGUCCCUAGUGAAACGCCAAGCUGACUCGUAUGAUUUCUGGUACCGCUGGUACAUCUUCGAGAUGGUCUUUUGGUCCCAACACGCGAUACGCACUGAACAGAACGCCGGCCAACAAUUGCUGACGCCCACACGUGCUACAGCCGUUCUGGAACGUGCCAUGGAACGCCUGCAAACGAUCAACCACCCGGAGCCGAUUGUGGAAAUGUACAUGAACCAUUGCGAGCAACACGAGACAGCGCUGAAGGUCAGGAGCGCUGUAAUCGAAAAGAGACGAGCGGAACGUAUGGUCUCGAUCCGGAAGGACAAGGAGAAGGCGGCUGCUGAGGCGGCUGCGGCUGCGGCUCGGCCUCAGCCCGACGAUUUCACUGAUGUUUCUGGAAAGAGGAAAAGGGACGACACGGGUGCUGAUGAGGAUGCUACGGCGAAGAAGAGCAGGCAAGCAGACUCCGAAGAUGUGUCCCCAGCUGCAGUGCCAGUCGAUGGCGAAACCGUCCGUGCCAGCGAGGCUCCCUCUGAAGGCCAGUCAGGUCUGAAGCGCGAUCGGGAGCACACGUCCGUUAUUGUUAAGAAACUGCCAGCCGACACCACGCAAACCCAGAUCAGACAAUUCUUCACGGAUGCUGGUACAGUCCGGAACCUAGUCCUCAAACCAGAGCAGGACAGUCUAACAGCUGUUGUCGAGUUUGAGACUUCAGAGGAGGCUGACUACGCUCUGAGCAAGGAGGCCAAGGGCUUCAAAGGUCACAACAUCUCGAUCGAGCGCGGAGAGAGUACGACACUCUACGUUACCAACUACCCAGCCCAUGCCGACGAAGCCUAUCUACGGAAGCACUUCGCUCCGUUUGGCGAGAUCAUUGGCUUCAGGUUCCCGUCCCUCAAAUUCGAUACCCAUCGUCGCUUCUGUUACGUACAGUUUGCCAACGCUGCACAGGCGGUUGCUGCAACUCAGCUGGACGGUACUGACGUGGAAGGACUGAAACUCAGCGUGAAGAUCUCGAAUCCCCAAGCUAAGAAGAAGCGCGACGGCGCAACUGCCGAAGGACGCGAGGUCUACGUUUGGCAUCUCAACUUCAAGAUCAAGAAGCAGGAGGUUCAGGAAACGUUUGCACAGUUCGGCCACAUCGACCGCAUCAACUUUCCAACCCUCAAGAACGGCAACAACAAGGGCUUCUGCUUCGUGGUGUACGAUACGAAAGACAGCGCCGAUGCGGCAGCCGCCGAGAUGGACAAGAAGGACUUUUGGGGCCUCGAGCUCCAUGUUGAGAUCGCAAACGACCGAAACGAAACCAAGCCGAAGAUCCGGUCGACGCUCGAGAACGCGGUCAGCCCUGCGGCGCCUGACGCAACCCCAGGUGCAGCGGAGGCAGCUCCGGCUACAGCACCUGCUGCGUCGUUCAAGGCCGCGCCCUUCAACGAGCGGUCUCUCGCGAUCCUGAACCUCCCUGACACGGUCCCGGACGUGCGCAUCAAACCGCUCGUCGAAAAGUACGGGUUCAAGAAGAUCACGCUUGAACCUCAACACGGCGGGGCGGUGAUUGAAUUCACCAGCGUUGAAGGCGCAGGCAAAGCCGAGAUUGCGCUGCAAGGGCUCGACUUUGAAGGGCGCAAGCUGCGCGUCGGUACGGUGCGUGAUCUGCGACAGCAAAAAGGCGAGUGGAAAGCAGCCAACAGCUUCGUCCAACCCAACCGCGUCAACCGGCCGACGGCGAGAGGCGGAGGGCGGGCGCGCGGCAGGACGGGCUUUGGCGCGAGACCUGCGGUACCCCGGGCAGCGGCGCCGAUGACGAACGGAGAGGCGGCCAAGAGCAACAACGACUUCCGCAACAUGAUCCUAAACCAAGGUGGGAAAGAAGCGGCCAAGAGCGAGGAUAGGAUGGAAGAAUAA